UAUCCGUCCACACAUGCGCCUUGUUGAAGCCGUGACGAUGAAAUCUCAACCCACCAGUUCCACAAAUGGAACUAUACUAUCAGAUGCGGGGAACAUACGCGUCGAUGUGCACCCCAUGGGUCCUGGCAUACAUAGAAGCUGCUGUCGCCUUGUGGUUCCUUAGUACUCGGCAUUUAAAUCCUCUCCUGCAGCGAUUCUGAAUCUUUGAAAAAGACCAACUCUACGAACAGCAAAAUGAGUCCAUCAGCCAUCAGCAGCGUCGCCAGCGCACUUACUUCCUCUACAACGUCAGCGACGGCACAGACACCAGCACUCUUCUCCCUCGCAGGAAAGACAGUCGCUAUCACAGGAGGUGGACGUGGACUUGGAAUAACUCUUGCUUUCGCUGUGGUUGAAGCUGGUGGACAUGCGGCUUGUCUAGAUAUCCUCCCAGAACCAAGCAACACAGAAUGGCAGGCAUUGACGAAACUUGCCAAUCAACUCGGUACCUCAGCGACAUACCGUAGAUGCGACGUCACUAGCGAAGCGGAGGUUACCCAAAUCCUGGAGGAGAUAUCAAAAGAGGGAGACGAGCGAGGUGCACCACUCAAUGGUAUGGUCGCAUGCGCGGGCAUCCAACAAAGGGUACCAGCGCUGGACUAUGAAGCCUCGGACUUUGAGCGUAUGCUUCGCGUGAAUGUGGUAGGCGCGUUCAUAUCGGUCAAGAGGGCAGCGAAGAUAUUGAAAGACAAGGGUACUGGUGGCUCAAUUGUGCUCAUCGCUAGUAUGUCGGGUCAGGUUGCGAACAGGGGUCUUACCUGCACAGCCUAUAACGCCAGUAAAUCAGCUGUGCAUCAAAUGUGUCGCUCGCUAGCACAAGAAUGGGGUCAAUACGGCAUUCGGGUGAACACGCUUUCGCCAGGUUACAUCCGAACUGCGAUGACCGACGAACUCCUCGCAGCGGAUCCAGAUGUAGAGAAGACAUGGAUGGCUGGCGCAUUACUUGGGAAACUUGGCGUACCAGAUGACUUUAAAGCCCCAGCAGUGUUCUUAUUAGCGGAAGGCAGCCGGUUCAUGACGGGCGCCGACCUGAGAGUGGAUGGCGGCCAUUGUGCGUCGGCGUGAGGCUCCCAAUACAAAUUCUAUCACAAUUAUAUCCAUCGACUCCAGUAGGUUGGACCCUCUUCUCUGGCAUAUACAGCCACAAGCGAUGCCUGGGUGGAUUAUUACAACCACGGUACGCUAUACCAGCGUAUGGCAAACCCACAAUACGGAGAUCCGACUGUUUAAAAUAUCGUCUUUUUCAAUUUUAUCUUCUUCAUCUUUCAUCUUACAAAAACUUAAGUGCGUCUUCACAAGCAUAAUACAACUACAAUCCAGCCAUGUCCACCAACAACAUGAACGAGCCGAACAAUCCCCCGCCAUCUUACAGCACUCUCGAUCCAACUUCCAACAACAUUUCCAAUCCAUCCACAUACACCACUCCAAGUCCGCCUCCUUAUACCGCUUCCGAUCUGCCUCUCUACACUACUUCUGCACCACGUGUUCAGAACAGACCG